CAACGUACCGGACUUCAACUCUGAUUUCAAACCAAUUUAUAGUAACGUUUAUAAAAUUUUACAAAAACGACAUCUGAAAAUAAAUAAUAAAACCAAAAGAAAGUUAUUAAAAAAUCAGAAAAAGGACAAAUGAAUAUAAAAAGAAAUAUAAAAAAGCGAGAGAUCCGUGAUGCCCCCAAACGAAUCGUUAACUCACGCGCCAAUGUCUACGUUUGAAACCACGCGCUUUCUCUCUCUCACUUUACCGACUUUUUCUUUUUUUAUAUCCUUCAAACUUUCAUAUCUUGUCUCCACUAUAAAAUCUCGUGUUUCCCUUCUUCCCGAUUCUACACCCAUAAUCUCACGCUAAUUACGGUACUGCCACUCAUUAAAACUGUACCGUCUUAAACCAAACAUCGAUUUAAACCGUACCGGUUGUUUAUACUAUGGAGGAGAGUCUCACUCGGACUGACUCGGUCGGGAAGAAACGAGUCAGAGAAGACGAGUUAUGCGGCCUUGACUCUCCGGAUGUGAAGCGGCUGAGAGACGAUUUGUUCGAUGACUCGGGGAACGAACCCGCGAUUCAAGAUCUUGACUCGGUUAUGAAGAGCUUCGAGGAUGAGUUGUCGAACACCACGACGGUGCAAGGCUCCGGCGAGACUCAGCCGGAUCUUGGUUAUCUUUUCGAAGCUUCUGACGAUGAGCUUGGUUUGCCUCCGCCGGUGAUUCUUCCGUCGUGUGAGGAGACGGUGACGGAGUUGGUACGAGUUUCGUCGGAUUCAUCGGAUGUCGGGGAGUUAUGUGGGUUUGGAAUUGAGGAUCAUGUUACGGAUUUUGGAACUUGCGAUCUUGGUGAUGGGCUUUUCGAAUAUUCCGAUGUUUGUUUAGAUUCCGGUGAUCUGUUUUCAUGGCGGCAGGAGUUUUUGCCGGCGGAGUAAUUCCGUAGUUUUUAAAAAAAAAAUUAAAAGCGUGUAAUGGAAACGAUGGCGUUUUAAGGUCUUGCCUCGUUACUAGGAUUAGAAAAGUUAGGAAUGGAUUUAGUUUAUAGAGUAUCAGUAUGUUUACUUGCUAUCUUUUUUCAAGGAUUUGUUGAUCUUUGUUGAUGUUUAGUGAACAUCUUCAUGUUUUGUUUAGCUGUUGUCAAUGUUGAAAUCUAAGUAUUAUCCCAGAUAUCAGAAUUUUUUAAGAUUAAUCAAAUUUAUAAUCAGCAGUUUUUA